AUGUAUGCUGCUCAUACUCCGCGUCAGCGGCGCAAUGCGCCUAGAAGCCUUGUCCCAGAAUCCGCGCCCCACCCACCACUAGGAUCACAAGCUCCCCAGGGUCGGCCGAAAGGGAAGAUCUUCAAGGUGUCGCACCAUCGACGUCGCGGACCCAAGUCCCGUGAGGAAAUUAUGGCCGCUAUUUGCGGUGUACCCCAAUCCCAUACCAUAGUGCACCAAGUCCAACCACAACCCCAAUUCCACUCUGGACCGCUCAUUCCACCCAUUACCGCUCACAGCCCUGCACUACUAAUUUGUGCACCUGCCCUUGCGCCGGGCUGUGGGAUCACGAACCCCAACUUGCCCAGGCUCCCACCAUACCCUCAACAACGGGACACCCCAAUGGAGCCAACAGGGGGAAGUGCUUGGAGUAGGCCCAUGGUCGCUCACACCAUCCAUAGCGGAUGGUCCCCGCCAAUGGAACAUCGUGGAGACUAUGUGUAUUGGCCGACACGACAACGAGGCCCUCCAGAAUUGCCACCCAAUGUUGUUGGAGUUGGAGGUAUGCCGGAUCACGCUCAUCACCAACCUGAUGAUGAGCCAGUCCCGACCGUCCGCGGUCGACCACACAACAAAUAUGGCGCCAUUGGCACACCCAUCCCCAAGAGAGGUUACUAUCGCAUAUAUCUUAUUGAUCUUGUUGUCCCUGUGUCAGCUGCCACCGGUGACGGCGGUUUUCGUGAGCACGAACUAAGGUUUUGGCUUGUCUGGCUUAUCGCCGUCUCGCUUUCGGCAUCCAUACGUCAGUGA